AUAUAAAACUCACCACUCAAUUUAUACUCAUGCUUGUGGCCUGUCUUAUCUGUCGGUUUUUUACACCGAUUAUAAUACUGUAAAACGAAAAAUAAUCUGAUUUUAGGUCGGUGAGUAUUGAAUAGCAGUUACUGUGACUUAACAUUUGCCAAUUGCCAUUUGCUAUUUCAAUGGUCAAUGGAUACCGACUGUGAGAAAAGGUUAUUAAAAGAAUUUCUGGACGGGCUCGAAACAAAUGAAUUAUGCAAAAUCGUCCGAUCUAUCUACCACGGUGGUGGAAUAUCUGCGAAUACCCGACUAGAUGCUGAAUUGUUACUGAUGUCUCAACCUUCUGUACGGGUAUUGUCCAAUAAAAAAGUUCAAAUAACAAUGUUAUUGAAGUUUUUAAUUUCAAAAGGCUUAAUACCUUCUACUGAUAUGACGAAGGCAGAUUUGUGUUUGGCUUUUAAGUCAUUAGUCGAAAGUCAACCAGACUACAUCAGACCGCCAGUACAGCCUAUGCAAAUGUCUGUCCCUAAUAAUAUGCUUGCAAUCUCCCAGAAUAACAACAUGAUGCAUACUCCACCAUAUCAAGCUGUUCAACAGAUGCCUAUGCAAAUAUCAACACCAAUUACUCCUGCAAUAGAACCUAAUACAAAAUCUCGAAAAGAUCGUGAUAACGAAUUACUUGAAAAAUUUAUUGAAAUGUUUGCUAAAACUUUUUAUGAUUUAUUAAAUGAUCUUGGUAUUCCAGGAAAAAAUCAACUGGAUUGUCGUCAUUUUUAUGAAAAUUGUACAAUGUCAUUAAAAAUUCUUGGUGGCAACAACGAAAUCUCUGAGACUUGUGAAGAUUCUACAUCUACUUUGCUGUGUUUAUUAGGUAUCAAGAAAGAACACAUACUCUUUUUUUCACCACAUUUAGGCGAUGUUAAAUGGAAAAAAGAAUCACAUGGUUUAGUAAAAGUGCAUAUUGGUGGUACACUUCAUCAAGGUGUUGGAAGAAUGGUUGGAAUGUUUGAACAGCAAUUCAUACUCAGAGAAGAUCCUCAAGCAGAAAACACAUGGAAAAUUCUUAACACAAAUUUUAUGAUGAAAAGCAUGGACUUAAUAACAGCUGGACCUACUUUAAGCAUACAAGGACCUCGCCAAACAAACCAUUUACAAAUUGAUAAUGUUUAAUUGCGCUGUCAGUAUGUUAGGUAAAUUACUUUUGCAAAGUAAAUUUUGAUUGUAUUUACUAAAAUUUGUAUAAUACAAUUAUAUGAGAAUAUUAUGUAA